AUGGAUCGUCUCGAGUCUCUAGGCAAUGCGCUCUCGCAAAUUACCAUGUACGACAUAAAGUCUAUGGUCAAUCAGGUAUGCGGUAGCGCUGGGUUCUCGCUAGCCAAGAAUGUCGUGUUCAACGUGAGUGAAAUGGAAGGCAAAGUUCGGGAGGCGACAAACGACGAACCAUGGGGCGCGAGUUCCACGUUGAUGCAGGAGAUUGCUCAAGGAACUUUCAACUUCCAAAACUUCAAUGAGAUCAUGCCCGCUAUCUACUCUCGCUUCAUGGAGAAGGAAGCACGCCAGUGGAGACAGAUUUACAAGGCGUUGCAAUUGUUGGAGUACCUGAUCAAGAACGGGAGCGAGCGCGUUGUCGACGACGCCCGUUCUCACAUUGCCACGAUCAAGAUGCUCAGGAACUUCUACUAUGUUGACGAGAAAGGGAAGGACCAAGGAAUCAAUGGUACGGCGGACCCCAGCUAG